AUGCCGCGUGAUCUGAGCCGUCUCGUGGACCAUGAUACGCUGAGCGGCAUGUCUGGACUUUCCAGGGCUGGCGACGACGACGACGAACAAGACAUCGAGCGAGCUGGUCCAGUGGAUGCCCACGACGACGACGACAGCUUCAUCACUGAAUUGUCACAGCGCAAUGAGAAGCGAGACGAGCUCCAUCCCUACACUCAAACACUCUCGCUGUCGGAUGUUGAGAGCUGCGUCCGGCUCGAGGAAGCGACGUUUCCGCCCCAGGAACGCUGUACGAGAGAAAAGGCUGACACUGAUAUGGAACAUCGGCACGUGACCAUCUUUGACCUUCACCACGCUCACGAUGGUCCUGGAAGAAGGAGGUCGUUGAGCUAUCGCCCUCUGCACGACAUCCGCUGCGACGCAUCGACGCCCAAUGUGGUAAAAGCAAGUUCCAGUAUCGUUUGA